ACAUACCUACCCUACCCUGGCUUCUCUGAAGGCGUAGUUCCGUUCCUUCUGCUCUUUGGUCUUGUACAAAGUGGACCGACUUCACAUUAUUCUUUGUUUCAUUCACAAAUCACGGACGCUCUACAGUUUUUGUCAAUUUUUAUCCUUGUUAUGUCACUUCUAUUUUUUCACCUCCUUCAUCUUCGCCGAUUCUUCCUCACCGACUCCUUUAAUCAAUUCACAAAUCACAAAUAAUUUCAGUUUCCACUCCUUACCUACUCUCACAUACCUACCCUGGCUUCUCUGAAGCGUAGUUCCGUUCCUUCUGCUCUUUGGUCUUGUACAAAGUGGAUCGACUUCACAUUAUUCUUUGUUUCAUUCACAAAUCACGGACGCUCUACAGUUUUUGUCAAUUUUUAUCCUUGUUAUGUCACUUCUAUUUUUUCACCUCCUUCAUCUUCGCCGAUUCUUCCUCACCGACUCCUUUAAUCAAUUCACAAAUCACAGCCACUCUAAUCAAUUCUUCUCAAUAUGUCACAUCUUAUCUUCAUCACCGACACUCUCUUCUCUGUAAAUUAAUUAGAUACUUUCCGCCUACCCAACACCAAUGGUGCUUUCUGGCUGUUUUCGCUGCAAUCUACCUAAUUCCAUGGCGUCCACUUCUGCUGCUGGUGAGACGGGGCCUUUUGAUGGAAUGGCACCAUGUUCCCCGUCUUCAGGUACAUACUCAACACUCAUGCCAAAGCCCUCUUACGAUGUCUUCAUUAAUCAUCGAGGACCAGACGUCAAACACACAAUAGCUAGCGCACUUUAUUCCAUCAUCACUGGUAUGUUAAUGACAGUAUUUUUGGAUUCGGAGGAAUUGAAAUAUGGGGAUUUCUUGCCUAAAGCAAUAGAAGCAGCAAUGAGCAGCGCUUUACUUCAUAUUGCAAUUUUUUCAGAGCGCUAUGCAGAAUCACCCUGGUGUUUGGCAGAGCUUUCCUUUAUGCUUAAAACUGACGCCAAAAUUAUUCCUAUUUUCUACCAUGUAGAACCUACUGAUCUCAGGUCUGUAGAUCAAGGGGAAGGAGCGUAUAGCAAGGACUUUAAGAAGCAUAAAGAGAAGGGUAGAUACAGUUUGGACCAGCUUGAGGAGUGGAGAAUGGCACUCUACAAAGCCUCAUUUUUCACUGGACAAAUCAUCAAAAAUGAAGAUGAUGAGACGAGGUUGCUGAAGAAUAUUGGGAAUACUAUAUUAAAAGUACUAAAACCAGCUCCAUUAGUGGUUGCCAAAUAUCCAGUUGGUCUAAAUGAAAUAAUGGAAGACUUUGAAGUGAAUACAUUUCAAUCUGCCCAGGCUUAUCAGAUGGUACAAGUUGUGGGAAUUUGGGGUAUAGGUGGCUCUGGCAAAACAACUCUUGCUAAAGAAAUAUACAACAGAAGAUCUCCUUUAAUGGAGAGUUCCAGCUUUAUUUUUGGUGUUGGAGAUGCAGCACAUAAAGGCAUGUUGCGUAAUAAGCAGUUAAAACUCUUCAAAGACCUUGGUGUCGAAGGUGUAGCAGUUGACAAUAUAGAGGAUGGAUUGACAAGGAUUGCGAGGCAUUUGAGAUCUGUAAGGGUGCUCGUUGUUCUGGAUGAUGUGGAUGAUGUGGACCAACUGGAUACCCUAAUGCCCAUAAAGGACAGUCUAUGCGAAGGUAGUCUCAUCAUUGUUACUACUCGUGAAAAUGAAGUACUCAAGUCUUGGGGUAUCUCCUCUGUAUACAAAAUGAAGGAAUUGGAUCCAUUUCAUGCAGAACAACUUUUUUGCUGGCAUGCUUUUUCAAAGCCCAUUUCACUGGAUGGAUUUGAAGAGCUUGUUAAACAGUUUGUAAAGGCAUCCAACGGAUUACCUCUGUCACUGAAGGAAUUUGGAGCACAACUUUGUGGGACCUCCCAUGAAUUUUGGGAGUGUCAGUUGGAUAAGAUCUCAAGAGUAUUGCCACGGAAUAUCAAAGAGGCUCAAAGAUAGUUAAGAUGCCCUUGAUUACGAGGAGAAAGAGACAUUCCUUAACGCUGCUUGUUUUCGCAAGACCCCACAAAGUUGGGAGUCUGCUGAAGAAUUUUUGUUUCUCCAAUCGCUGGAGCGCCAGGAUUUGAGUUCGCAGCAGCUUUGGGGAUUUGAGUAAUCUGCGGCAUUUAGAUCUAUUCCUUUGCACCAAGAUCUGUUCCUUUGCACCAAGUUGAGGAUGUUGCCACUUGCUAAUCAUGUAUUCCUUAGGCUCUCUUUCCUCUUUUAAAGGUUAAAAUGUUGUUUCCAUUCUAAACGACUAUUUUUAGGUUAUUGUGACGUUUUUCCCACUUGACAACGUUGGAACAUACCUUAUCUCCAUUUCUGUAAUGAUAAUACUCACUACCCGUAUAUUUUUAGUUUCUGUU